AUUCGUCUUGGGCAAAGAUGGCUGCGAACGUUCAGUCUUUGGUACAGUACUGGAAAAACUUCGACUUACCACAGUUGCAGAAAGCCCUUGACGUCACUGCUACAGAAUUGGCCAAUAAACAAGAUGAAAGCGAUAACUCAAGAAAAAGACUGGUCGAACUUAGCAAAGACUUCAAGAAAAACUCGUCUGAAGACAUAAGGAAAUCUGUGGUGCCUCUAUUAAAAAGCUUCCAAGCCGAAGUAGAUAGUUUGUCUAAACGCAGCAAAGCAGCCGAGGCAGCUUUUCUCACAAUCUAUAGAACUUUUAUCGAACUGCCAGAUCCUGUUCCCGCCCUCGAACAUUACCAAGUGCUUUUGCAACGCACGAUGCGAAUCCAAGAUUUAGAAAUCGAGAACAGACACUUAAGAGAAACGCUCAACGAUUACAGUAGAGAAUUCAAAGUGGUGCAAAACCAAGAGGUGACAAUCAAACUGUUGCGGGAAAAAAUUAGAGAGUUAUUAGAAAAAGACGAAUCAUCACAGGAUAAGGCAGAAGAGAAAGAUCCAGAGCUGCUUCAGCUUUUUGAUGAGAAAGAGUGCGACCGAUUGGGUGCCCAAUUGGUUGACAGACCAAACCUCGACGACACCGAGACCAAAGUUGCCCAACUCCAAAGUGCCUUGGAUAAAUCUCAGUCCGAACUUUUUGACUUAAAAUCUCGAUACGAUGAAGACUCGAACGCCAAGUCGGAUGAAAUGGAAAUUAUCGUAAAUGAUUUGGAACGAGCGAACCAGAGGGCAGCACUAGCUGAGAAGGAAGUGAAUCAUCUGAAAGAUCAACUAGCAGCCGCCAAACAGUCUCUCCAAUUGGCUGAUCAGAUCCAGAAGGCUCCUGACAUGGAGCAGGCUGUUGACGUUGUAGCCCGGUCUUCCCUAGAGUUGGAGCUCGCAUCCAAGGAGAAGGAGAUUUCCCAAUUAAUUGAUGACAUUCAAAGAUUACAGACUAUUCUAAACACUCUACAAGAGACAAGUGCCUCGAAAAUUGCUCAACUUGAAGAACUGGUCAACGAAAAGGACAAAAUGAUUGUAGAAUUGGGUGAAAAAUUGGUGAGACAGCAAGAUUACGACGAAAUUAAAAAAGAACUUCGUGUCUUAAAAACAGUAAAUUUCAAUAAUUCAAAAUCAUGGGAGAAAACUGAUGAAAACAAAAAUGAAAAUGACAAGCCUCCGGACCUCAUUAAAGAAAACCACAAAUCUCCAUCAUCUGACAGUACACCAGUAAAGGUUAAAACUGAAGAGAAUGGAUCAGGUGGUUACCCACUUCAAAGCGUGGACAGUUUUGGCACAAUGUUGGGCCAGGAGAUUGUUAGAGACUAUGCUCAAACUGUUGCAAAAGAAGAAGUAUGCAGCAGGCCUUCAUCUCCGGUGUCUAAAAACAGCGAUGGCUACCCACCUUCAUCAGCUGCAAGCACCAUCUCCCAAGAAGACAGAAAGCCAACUCCACCAGUUCUGGAUGGAACAAUGGACAACCCACCAUCUCCUCCCAUCAAUCUCACAUCCGAAAGGUCUUCCCCGUCUGGCAACAGCCAAUCCAUCAAAGAAGUCACAUCGCCCGUGAGCGAUAACUCUUCCCUCAGCAAACUUCAGGACUGUUUGAGGCAAAAUAUAGACAAAUAUGCAAACGAAACUCUGAAUACCCUGAACAUUGCGAGGUGUGUGAGAGAGUUGUUGAGCGUGCACAAUAUCGGACAGAGACUUUUUGCCAAAUUUGUGCUCGGUCUGUCACAAGGAACUGUGAGCGAACUGCUCUCUAAACCUAAACCUUGGGAUAAGCUAACUGAAAAGGGAAGAGACUCUUACAGAAAAAUGCAUGCAUGGGCUUCCGAUGACAAAUGCAUAGGAAUGUUGAAAUCAUUGGUGCCGAGAAGAGUUGCUGAGAGAAGAUCAACUCUUCUUUCUUCCCCACCAGGAAAAGACUGCAUCGGAAGCACUGGAAACAGCGGUGGACUAUCUUCAUACAAAAACGAUGACCAAGGAGCUGAGGAAAGGAUAGCCCAAAUUCUCAAUGAGGCCCAGAUGGCUAUGAUGAAACAGCAGGAACAAAAAAGUCCAUCUUCACUGCCAAAUGGCGAUAAUCGGUCUGUUGACAGCUCCGAUGAUCUCCGUAACGACAGUGACUCAAAAUAUAACCUCGGAAAUUCGAGAGAUAAUUUAUCCAAUAGCGAUAAAUCUUUUAGAAGAUCUCGUAAAUAUGAAAACGAUGAUAUUCCUCAAGAAAUGGUCGCCCGAAUUUACCAGGAAGAACUCGCCAAGCUCAUUGGGCAGAGAGUCGAGGAAGGGUUCAGGACACCCAGAGACCAAUUCGAACGAACACAGGAAGAGAUUCGGCAGGCCUUAACCAUAUACCACCAAGAACUAACUAGACUAUCUCAUUUAAUGCCUCCUAAUCAUCAUCCGAACUUUAAUCCUUUUACAGCUAAUGGCAGCUCUUACAGUCUUUCACACCACCAUAACAGCAAUAGUAAUUCCGCGUUAAACAACGCAACAACUAAUGGCAAUAGUAAUCAGGCUCAUCAAGAUUGCCCAGUCGAUGCAACCAUGAGUAACAGAUCUAGAUCUGAGUCAAAGAAUUCAAAUUCAGGGAGAGAGGAACCAGAGAUGAGACAUCAUGGUAGUGCCUUUUCCCUUGUGAGACCUAAGACUGAGAAUAAUAUUUCUUCUUCCAUGAAUUCUAAGUCUUCAUCAACUCCUACACCUACUUCAUAUCGCCUGCAUAGUCCCUCACCAGCACCUCCAGCUCUUCUGCCUCUAUCGGAAUCGAAGACGUCGAGCCCCGGUGCACCUCAGUCAGGAACAGAAGAUCUGACUACAUCAGCUUCCCCAUUGCAAAGAAUGCAGUCCAUCACCAAUUCUCUUCUCUCACAGUCAUCGCUGCCAUCCUUGCCCAAUCCUCCACAGAGGCCUGCCAAAGCUGUUCUUCCCCCAAUUACUCAGCAGCAGUUUGAUCAGUAUAACAAUGUCAACACCGAAGAUAUUGUUAAAAAGGUCAAGGAACAGUUGAGUCAGUAUUCCAUUAGUCAGCGCCUAUUUGGUGAAAGUGUGCUUGGACUAUCUCAGGGAUCAGUGUCCGAUCUUCUAGCUCGCCCAAAGCCGUGGCACAUGCUUACGCAAAAAGGACGAGAACCUUUCAUUCGUAUGAAAAUUUUUCUGGAAGAUGAGAAUGCUGUACACAAACUGGUUGCCUCUCAGUAUAAAAUUGCUCCUGAAAAACUGAUGAGAACGGGUAGCUUUGGCGGAGCCACAAAUCCACAAAGUAUCAUGACUUUUGGCGGGUCUAAUAAGAUGAGUCCAAGACCCAUAGAAUCUAACCUAAGGGCUUCGGAAAACCGGCAUCUAACUCAGAACAAUUCUCUGUACACACCUCAUAACCAUACACCUCGAUCUGUGUGCACAACUCCAGACAAUAUGCCCAUUUCUCUGACUGUGACUUCAAGCAACAACACCUCUUCUCAGAACUCUAUUCUCAGUAGAAAAACACCCACAAUAACUCGGGGAUACAACCAACCAUCUGUGUAUGAAAUGGCAGCUCUCACCACUGAUUUAGAUACGCAGAUCAUCACUUCAAAGAUCAAAGAGGCUUUAAUGGCGCACAACAUUGGCCAGAAGAUAUUUGGCGAAGUUGUACUGGGUUUGUCUCAAGGAUCUGUUAGCGAAUUGCUUUCAAAACCAAAACCGUGGCACAUGUUAAGCAUAAAAGGGCGAGAACCAUUCAUAAGGAUGCAGAUGUGGCUCAAUGAUCCUCAUAAUGUGGAAAUGCUGCAAACCAUAAAGAAUGAGAGAAGAGAAGCAAACAAGCGUCGCAGAACUGGAGAUGGCCCCAUGGACAGUCCAAGAAGUCAAUCAGACGGUGGACAGAUGUUUAAUUACAGCUUUGCUCCACCGUCACCAUAUCCUCCUGCCAAGAAACCACGUGUCUUAUUUACUGAGGAGCAGAAGGAAGCCUUGAGAUUGGCUUUCUCACUGGAUCCUUAUCCUAGUACGGCAACUAUCGAAUUUCUGGCUACUGAACUUAAUCUAUCAGUGAGGACUAUUACAAAUUGGUUCCAUAAUCACAGAAUGAGAAUGAAGCAGCAUGCCAAUUCUGACGAUGAACAUGGGAGGAAAGGACCUGACUUAUCUCUUCCGCCUCCCGUAAGGGAAGGCAUGGCUUUUGACCCUGUGCAAUACCGUUUACUCUUAAACCAGAGACUCGCUGAAAAAGCUAGAGAUAAACAACCGCAAUUUCCUCCUUUUGGUGCAAAUAUGCCCUAUUUAUAUUCUCCUUACAGAAAUUGUUCUCCUCUAUCGUCUUCUGGUGACGAUAUGGGAACAUUAGACUUAAGCAUGUCUAGUCAAUUAAGAAAUGCUAUUCAUAGUGGUAGCAAGGUUGAUAACAAUGGGGGCAGCAGCACUGACGAUCGUUCCAACAGCGAAAUGAACGAUGACUCUAAUCUUUCACAAGAUUUGCAAAAUGAUAACAGUGACCGAGACUCCAUAGAUGACGAUCAUCCACCAAAUCAUCGAGACUCUUCACCCUUGAGGACGUCGGUACCCAAUGAACACAUGAGGUCCUCAGUAGUAACAAGUGGAAGCAGUAACCGACGGAAACCCGCUAUGCCUCAAUGGGUUGAUCCUGGUCUCGAGUUAUCGCCUGAGAAUACAGAUGAGGAAGAUGAUUUGGAUGAUGAUCGCUUAGGCGAUGACAGCGGUAACGAACAGGAAGAAAUUAUUAACGGUGUUUGUGUUCGACAAACUGAAGACUUUGAUCUUCUAAUGUCACCCAGAGUUGAAACGGUUCAUGUUUUACCCGCACCAGCACCAGACGAUCGUUCGUCAAGAAAGUCUCACUCAAAUCGCAACGAAAAAUUCCGCAGGACUGCUUUAGUCAGCCCUGACCGAUCGGACAAUGAAUCGGAGGGUAUGACAAACGGUGUAAGUGACCGAGAACCUUCGGAACGGAGGGCGAAAGACAAACUUAUGUGUAUAAACGCAAUGGACCGAACGACGCUCAAAAAACCAGUCUUCCUGGAUGAGCAAGAAGAAGAUGAUGAUGAAAGCUGGGAUGAUGCCGAAGCUAAGGAUAGGCGAAAAAAUAUUGAAAAACUCCAACAAAGGCUAGAAAAAGAAGAUGUUGGAGAUGACUGGGAAUUCUGAACGUUUGGUUCUACACAUUUUUGUGGUGCAUUUGUUAGGUUCACUGCAAAUGUUUGCAGCUUUAAAGUGCCAGAAGUCAAAAUAGAUACUGAUGAAUGAGUGGAUGAAAAUCAUCAUCUCAUUGUUAUAAAUUCGCACCAUAGAUUUCAUGUAAACAUUAUCCCGGUGUAAAAAAAUACAAAGAGUGGCCUUAAAUCAAUCGAUUCAAUUUCACGAGUUACAAACAUUUUGUAGUGUUGAAUAAAAAAAAAUGUUGAAGGACUUGUGUUUAUGAUGACUCAGGCUGAGAUUCUCUGCAAUGUAAUGUGAUACAUAAUUCUAUUUCUUCAAUCUUACUGUUCUCACGCCUUGUCAAAUUUCAGCACACCGAUUUUUGCUCAGCUUGUUGAACAAUCUUCCCUUUAAACUGACAAAAUGGCAUGCUUCGAUGAUGUUGAUACAGAUGAGCAACGCAAUGAGCACGAGCUUAAAAUAAAAUGUUUUAAUCUGCUGCAGCAUACUUGUAAAAAUGAGCAUCGUUUCGACUCUGAGCUGGCUGCAGAGAGCAAAACGUGGUUUGCGUACUGAAGUAGUACCUCACUUGUGUUCUUUUUAACUGUAUACAGAUCUCCCUUUUUGACGUUGUCCUCUUAUUUCAUUGAUGCUAAUCGCCGGAUUACUUUGUGUAGCUGAUUUAGUUUAUUUUAUCUUCUAGAACAGCCAUGUUGUAUAUGGCAUUUGUAAAGCACUAUUGUAAAUAUGAUAUUUUGAGCUAGUGAAAAAGAGCACACACUGCUAUUUCAAGACUGAUCGCAGUAUAAAUCUUUUGAACGGAAUCAAAAAAAAGAAAUUCUCAUUUGUUGUUUUUCGCAGUGUAAAAAGAGUUAAUAACAGAGUUAUUUUAUUUCUUCUUUCAUUUUACGUUAUCAUGAAAUUUUCGAACGAAGCUUUUCUCCAUUUAAAAAUGCAUUUGUGUGUUCGUCUUGCACAAGUUAUUGUAAAUCUUGAACACUACUUUAAAUGUUCUCUUUUUCUACCCAUUUUGAAAUGAAAAAAGUUUCGAUCUCUUAUUGUACGUUAUCGUGUUUUUUGGGUCCUUUACAACCUCGUAACACAAGAUAUUAUUACAACGAUGCCUUUCUUCAUGGUGCACCUGUUUACCGCCAGGUGGCUCUUAUUUCAGAACGCUGCCGACCCAUGAACCUGCAUACGGCGAUAUUAGUGCAUUCGUCUUUUCAAUUCUAUUUAUGAUCUUUGGACUAGGUCAUCUCUAGUCGAUUGGUUUAUGAAAAAAAAAUUGCAUUUAGUUUAACAAAGUGUAAAUAUUUCUUUUCAUGUUUUAUCUUUUAAAUGUUCUUGUCAAAUAUUUACCCCGAACUGAAAGCUCUUGCAUUUCACUUUAAGCUGCUUUUUUCUAAUAACACAUUUAAUUUAAAACGGUCUGAAUAUUGCAUUACAGAAAAUUAGAUUACAUUAAAAAAAUUUUAAUUUGUGUUACAAUACGUCAGACUAAUGAGUUGUAAUUGAAUUCUUUAACAUCUAAUUUAUUCCUGCGAAAUGUUUGUACAAAUUAUUAUGAGUAGAUGAAAAUAUCAUGAAGUCAUUUUACACUAAAAACAUUUAAUAUAUUACUAUGCUUAAAUGUUUUCCUUUUAAAAAUUUUGUAAUUCUAAUUUUUAUUCAAACAUGUUCAGAUAACUUGAGUACAGAAACCAAUUAAAAUUAUAUAGCUAUGGUAGAGACAAAAUAUAAAAUUCUGUUUCAGUUUGCAGCUUAACUAUAUUUUAUUAAAUGGAGUGAAAUAAAAAUGCUUAACAAUGAAAUGGAAGAGUUUUCAUGCAUUUAAAAACUGUUGCUCAGUCCAUAUAACAGUGGUGCCAAUCAACAAAAAGAGUAAAGAAAAAUUUCAAAUUUUAUAUGUUAUAUUCCCGAGUGAAAUGUUAAACAUCCAAAUCCUUCCAGAAACAAUUUUUACGGAAGGAUUCUAAAACCUUACUUGUGUUGUGCGAAUUCAUUUUUUUUUUCAUAAGAUGCAUAAAAUGCACGCGAUUAUUUGUCUUUACAUUGUUAAUAUUUUGAAUGAAACGCUAAGUUUGGGGAUACUUUACAUUAUUUAAGUAUUAUUGAGUAUGACUCACCAGUAUUGUGUUUAGCACAAAUAUUUAUCGAUUGUUUUAGAUGAGAGAAGAAUAUUUUAAUCUUUCACAACAUCACAAUAAACAAUUUCAAACUUUCACUUUUCCUCUUGCAAAGUGUCUUUUAUAAGAGCUUUUUUAGUCAUAGGGAAUCGGUUAGGGUAGCUUUGUUCUCCUUCUUGUCACAUUUUAUUGUUAAAAUUUUUACUAUUAAAAAGGGGUGUAUUUCAGUUUAAUUUAUUCACAUGCAUCACAACUUGAUUUUAAUCGUUUUACAAUACUUUCGCCAUAAGAGAAGGUUUUGUAAUUAAAUUUUAAUUCAUAUUUUGUAAUUACAGAAAUCUAAUUUUGUUUUAUUUUUGUAAUAUAUUAUCAAAUUAAUGAAAAUGUUUUGAACAUAAGAAUAAUGAUUCAUCCAUUAAGGAGAAGAAAAAAACCAACGAGAGCAGAUAAUUAAUUUUUAUUCGCGUUUUGUGAUAAAAUAAUAAGUUAUUUACUGCAUUCAAAUUUAAAUGGACUGUAAACUUGUGAAGUAAUGUGUCUUGUUGAGUUAAAAUAUCGUAACUGAAACAAUAUUAGUUAUCAAAUUGAAAUCAUCACCAAUUUGAAAAGAAAAAUACUGAUUAAAAAUGUCUAUGAAAUUAAAAUAACAAUGACUUUUUUAAUGGUAUACGACAACCUUAACAUUUAAGAUUAUAAAAUGAUUAAAACAAUAAAAACUGACGAGCAAAUGUUUGCUACCUGUUGAAUAGAUUUCCCAAUUUUAACAUUUCAGCAAGUUAAAGUAUAAAAUAGUUUCUUUCUUUUAUACAAAUAUAAUUUUUGAAUAAUAAAACUGUAAACGAUUCAAAGUUAAUAAAUAAUUAUAAGUUAUUAAUAAAUUAGAAUAAAAAUUCAAAUGAUACUAAAAUGUGUCGUGUAUGCUUCUUCUUGAGGUGUAAGAAUUGCAAAAUGUACAGAAAAUGUUUUUUUUUUCUUUAACAAAAAGAUAAUGAUAAUCAUUCUGUUUUAGAUAGUUAAUCAUAGGAAAAAUUUGAAACAAUAUUAUACUCCCCAUACCGUAAAAAUAAUUUUUUUUCUACAUUGCUUUAUAAAUUUAAAAUCAAAAGUUUAUUUGCAUGUUGUAGUGUUAAUAAUUCAUUAUAAAUCUAUGAACCGUUAUGAUUUAUAGAAAAAACUAAAUUAUGGACAUAUUAUAAUUAUAAAAUUUUACUCUUUUCUGUUUUUUUAAAAAAGGAACUUCAAUCAAUUAAAAGAAAUUAAAAUUACCUUCUUAUGUUAAGCAAAAGCUUCGGUUUUGAAACAAUGAGUUUCCAAAUUUAAAUCACCGUUGAUCAGUUUUUAAAUUCAUAGAAAAAUAUUAUUUUGACAUCAACAAAUAAGAAAAUUAAGCUGAAAUUCUUUAAAUUAUAGCAUCAAAAUUGAUUUUACUUAAAAAUAUUUUUUUUUUAAUUUGCUUUAUCAAAAAGGUGAUAUAAAAUUCUUAAUUAUUCUUGUAAGCAGAGGCAAACAUGUAUAAAUUUCAAUAUUGCUCAUAAGAUAAAUUAUUGAACUAUUGAUGACAGUUACGCAUUGUUUGCUAACGUUAAAAAAAAUUCAUUUCAUUUUGUAUGAAUUUUUCACUGUUUAAUUACUUUAACAUAAAUGAAUCAGAAAAUUAAGUAGAUAGUUUUUCAGUUAAUGUAUUGAAAUUUUUAUCAACGCUCAUGUAUUAUUGAACAAUUUUUACCUUAAACUAACAUAUUUUGAUUUUAAUUAAAUAUUAUAUUUGAAAUAAUUAUUGAAGCUGUUGUUGCCAGUUCUGAAUUAUUAGCUGAUAAUUCUCAAUUUAGUUUUUUUUCACUUUUCAAUGUCACUGCUUGUGUAUGAAAUAUCUUUCGAUGUAAAUUUAAAUAUGUAUAACAAGAACAACCUGAAAGUAGUAAUAUUCUUAUUUGUAUUGUAGUUGCAGUAUUAUGAAUGAGAGUAAUACAAGAAAUUUUAGUUAAGAUUGUGUUGUGUGUUUCUUUUUUUUUUUUAAUCUAAUUGUAAGUUGUUUAUGUUAUGUGUUGUGUAGACGAUGGAUUGAAAAUCCUCAUGGUGCUCUUAUAUGUCCCCAUUUGUUACAUUCAAAUAUAUCAUUGCAUUUUUAUCUUCUGUUAGUUGCUAUCUUCUUUAUUGUUUAAAGCAUUUCUUAUGAAUCGACUUACAUAUGUCUAUAUUGCAUUU